AUGAAAUGGGGAGUGGCGAGCGGAAUGGGCGUUUCGCUUGCUGCUGCUGUUCUCCUUAUGCUGCCCCUCUUCACCUCAUCCACAGGAGAUAUACGACAUCACGGCGCAUCGAAAGCCCGUGGUUGGCGUGGCAGUGUUGCACCAGCAGAUGUUACAGCGAACAACUCCGUCAGCAAUGUCACAGCACAGCUGGGGGGCACAGCGUAUCUCCACUGCCUUGUAGGGCAUUUAAAUGAACGAGGGCAAGUGUCCUGGAUUAGAAAACGCGACUGGCAUAUCUUGAGCUCCGGGAAGUUCACCUACACCAAUGAUGAACGGUUUCAGGUUCUUCACGGAGAGGGUUCUGAGGACUGGACCCUUCAAAUCAAGUUUGUACAGAAACGAGACAAUGGCACUUAUGAAUGUCAGGUGUCAACCCGUACCGGCAUCGUGUCGCAUUAUGUCCGACUGCAGAUAGUGGUCCCCGAGGCUUUCAUCCUGGGAUCGGGUGAACAUCACGUCGACCUCGGCAGCGUUAUACACCUCAUAUGCAUUGUUGAAAAGAGUCCGACUCCACCGCAAUACGUAUUCUGGUACCACAAUGACCGCAUGAUUAACUAUGACGCGACGCGAGGAGGUAUCACGGUGGAGACAGAGCCGGGAGCAAGAACUCAAUCGAGACUUACAGUACGAGGAGCCACAUUAAAGGAUUCAGGAAAUUACACUUGCAGUGCGAGUAAUACCGAGCCGGCGUCUAUACACGUUUUUGUAUCGGAAGGCAGUAACAAAAUGGCGGCCAUUCUACGACGCAACACUAGCGCCAUCCAUGGUAUUACCUCAAGCGUGACGUGUAUUCUUCUUCUAGCGUCUGUGUUGGUGCAUUUCGUCGUACGAUGA